CCCCAGCUUGCCAGGCACAAGGCUGAGCGGGAGGAAGCGAGAGGCAUCCAAGCAGGCAGUGUUUUGCCUUCACCCCAAGUGACCAUGAGAGGUGCCACGCGAGUCUCAAUCAUGCUCCUCCUGGUAACUGUGUCUGACUGUGCUGUGAUCACAGGGGCCUGUCAGCGGGAUGUCCAGUGUGGGGCAGGCACUUGCUGUGCCAUCAGCCUGUGGCUUCGAGGGCUGCGGAUGUGCACCCCGCUGGGGCGGGAAGGCGAGGAAUGCCACCCCGGCAGCCACAAGGUCCCCUUCUUUAGGAAACGCAAGCACCACACCUGUCCUUGCUUGCCCAAUCUGCUGUGCUCCAGGUUCCCGGACGGCAGGUACCGCUGCUCCAUGGACUUGAAGAACAUCAAUUUUUAGGCGCUUGCCCAGUCUCAGGAUACCCACCAUCCUUUUCCUGAGCACAGCCUGAAUUUUUAUUUCUGCCGUGCAACCCAGCUCCCAUGACUCUCCCAGUCCCUACACUGACUACCCUGAUCUCUCUUGCCUAGUAUGCACAUAUGCACACAGGCAGACAUACCUCCCAUCAUGACAUGGUCCCCAGGCUGGCCUGAGGAUGUCCCAGCUUGAGGCUGUGGUGUGAGAGGUGGCCAGCCUGGUUCUCUUCCCUGCUCAGGCUGCCAGAGAGGUGGUAAAUGGCAGAAAGGACAUUCCCCCUCCCCUCCCCAGGUGACCUGCUCUCUUUCCUGGGCCCUGCCCCUCUCCCCACAUGUAUCCCUCAGUCUGAAUUACACAUUCCUGGGCACAGGCUCUUGGGUGCAUUGCUCAGAGUCCCAGGUCCUGGCCUGACCCUCAGUCCCUUUACGUGAGGUCUGUGAGGACCCAUUUGUGGGUAGUUCAUCUUCCCUUGAUUGGUUAACUCCUUAGUUUUAGACCACAGACUCAAGAUUGGCUCUUCCUAGAGGGCAGUGGACAGUCACCCCAAGGCAGGUGUAGGGAGCCCAGGGAGGUCAAUCAGCCCCCUGAAGACUCUGGUCCCAGCCAGCCUGUGGCUUGUGACCUGUGACCUUCUGCCAGAAUUGCCAUGCCUCUGAGGCCCCCUCUUACCACACUUUACCAGUUAACCACUGAAGCCCCUGAUUCCCACAGCUUUUCCAUUAAAAUGCAAAUGGUGGUGGUUCAAUCUAAUCUGAUAUUGACAUAUUAGAAGGCAAUUAGGGUGUUUCCUUAAACAACUCCUUUCCAAGGAUCAGCCCUGAGAGCAGGUUGGUGACUUUGAGGACAGUCCUCUGUCCAGAUUGGGGUGGGAGCAAGGGACAGAGAGCAGGACAGGGGCUGAAAGGGGCACUGAUUUCAGACCAGGGAGGCAACUACACACCAACCUGCUGGCUUUAGAAUAAAAGCACAAACUGAACUGA